AUGGAUUCAGGGCAGUAUAUGAAAGAAGAAAAUAUUUUAAAAAGAAAAAGACCAUCUGUAAUUUCAAAAUUUUUUUGGGGUUGCAUUACUUUGCAUGAGUUUGGUUGUGGAGCCUAUAUUAAUGGUAACAUGGAUGGCGAUACCUACAUAAAUGUAAUGGGAGAUGAAUAUAUGGAAACAUUAAAAGACUAUGAAAUUGAUUUUUUUAAAGUCACUCUUUUUCAAGAUAACUGCUCUGUUCAUAAGUCAGCUGCUGUUAAAAAAUAA